UUUCUAAAACCAAAGUAAAAACGGAAGAAGUUCCUUCUGUUGCCGUCCAUGCUGCCGUUGCAACUCACUAGUUAUUUAUUAUGCCAACAUUUUCGCCUUAUUGCUAAAGUAACUAUUUUGAUGAGACAAAGGACACUUCCUAAACACAACGAUGGAAGAGAGACUUCUGCAGUUGAAGAAUCCCCCCGAGAUCCGAGAGGUUCUUGGUAUUGGCAAUAAAACUCUGAAGGUGGCGGAGCGUUUCACCCGUUAUUUCAUUGCGAACAGCAUGAAGCAGUCGGAGGCACCGUUCCUGGAGGCAGCCCUGUCCCGCAAAGCGGUGAUCCUGGAGUACGCCCGGGCAAAACGGCCCAAGGCCAAGAGGAAAAGCAAGGAGGGGAAGGGCAAAGCAGAGGUCCUGGAGUACGCCCGGAAAAAACGGCCCACGGCCAAGAGGAAAAGCAAGGCACUGAGUGCCGGGGAGAAAAGGAGACUCAAGGUGUUCGACAUCAAGCCGGAACACCAGAGAUAUGAGCUUUUUCUACCCCUGAAUGACUUAUGGAAACAGUACAUCCUCAGCAUAUGCAACGGAUUGAGACCAUCGAGUAAUCCACAACUUAUCCAGCAGAAGCUACUGAAAGCAGACUUCCACGGGGCCAUCCUAACAGUGGUCCGGUCCAAGUGCCCAUCCUAUGUUGGAGCCACAGGCAUUCUCGUCCAGGAGUUCAAGCACAUCUUUAAAAUAAUCACCAAGGAGGAUCGUCUUAAAGUAAUCCCCAAGAAGAACAGCGUGUUUGCAGUAGAAGUCAACGGCUUUGUCUCCCAUAUCUACGGUAGCAAGUUUCAGUACCGCGCCAGCGAGCGCUCGGUCAAGAAGUUUAAAGUCAAGGGCAGCAUUGACUUGUGACGGCGGUCAUGGAUUACUCACUUUUGGACUUGGAGGGAGGACCUUGGAACCAAAGCUAUCAUGGGCCUCAGUGGACUGGUGAAGUUGGUGCUUGUGUACCGAAUCCUUUGUUGUUGGUAUUGGGAAGCCAUGAGUUGGAUUGUCCGUAUUGGGGCCCCAGCUGUUGUCAAGUGUACUAUGCGUCUUGAUUGUAGUUGGGCACCAUGGUGUGAAAUAAGAUGAGCUAGAUCUGCAUGUUCGCACUCGAGGAAAAGUACCUUUAAGGAUUUUAGCACGGCAUACACAUAGUAAAUCUUUCUGAGCAGUGUUGCCCACAUUCAUGCCUGGUAUCUCUAGGCUAUCCAUCUGAAAAACUGACAACAAUAACAGUACUGUUAGACUUUAUUUUCUGUGUGGCCGUACCACUGUUAGUGGCCACCAGAGGACAGCAGGAUGGGAGAUGGUGACAGAUGGGAGAUGGUGACAGACCUGACAUUGCUUACAAUGCAUUCAAGUUUUUUUUUAUGGUAGUCAACUAAACCAGCACAUUCUUCAACAUCUAAAUGUUCCAGAUUAUUUUAUGCAUAACUUUGGUUAAAAGCAUCUGCUGAUUGACUUAAAUCAAUAACAAAGUAAAGACAAUGUUUCACUAAGUAUUUAUUAAAACAUGAUCGUCUUCAAAUAAAAGGGAAGCAAAAGAAAAGCAA